AUGUUCCACAAGGCGGCGCUCGCUCCGGGGCGCCGGCUCGGCACCUACGCCGUCAUGCUCAUCCACAGCGACGGCCGCGGCCUCUCGUUCCUGCGGCCCGGGGACAGUUCCUGGAGGACGGCGCGCUCCGCGAGGGCCACGCCGCACAGGUACCUCGACGUCGUCUUCCACAAGGGCGCGUUCUGCACGCUCAGCAGCUUCGGCGAGGUGAACGCCUGGACGCCCGACGGCGGGGGCGGCCUGCGGACGAGGCGGCUCACGGACCAGCGACCGGAGCAGCUGGCGUGGGCCGUCCUCGCCUACUCCGUGUCGCGCCACGACCUUCUCAUGGUGAGCACCAUGGAUAGGCCGAUGUGCUAUGAGCGCCGGCCGCUGUGCUGUCCGCGCCGUCGGCAGCACUUCGAGGUGUCCCGCUGCGACGAGCGCCAGCGCAGGUGGCUCCCCGUGAAGGACAUUGGGGAGACGGCCAUCUUGGCCGGGAGCCAGUGCAGCCUGUGCCUCUCCACGCGAGGCUCCCCUCGACUCGCCGGGAGCAGCAACCACAUCUACUUUGCUUCGGACUGUGCGACGAGCAACAUCAAGUGUGAUUACGGAAACCCUGACUACUACCGCAUGCCGAUUGCGGCCGAGAGCUUGGCCGGUAGGGAGAUAUCCGGCUGGACUUGGUUUCUACCUUACGUUGCACGAUUAGACUAUGGAGCUUCUUGA